CCGCAGUCCCCACGACGCUGCAGACCGCCACCAAGGCCAGCUCCGCUGCUGCCCCCCUUGGCACCGGCACCGGCACCGGCACCAGCACUGGGUCCGGCUCGAGCGCGGCUGGAACCUACUCUCCUGGCACAGCCUGCACCAACGAGGGCGCUUGGAACUGCAUCGCCGGCAACGCCUUCCAGCGGUGCGCCAGCGGCAGCUGGUCGGCGGUCAUCUCUAUGGCCGCCGGCACCAAGUGCACGGCUGGCGUCAGUGACACGUUUGCCAUCAGCCGUCGCGGCCUUGGCCGGGCACCGCGCCGCAAAAUCAACCUCUACGAUUAAUCUCGUCUUGAGAUUAAGUCGACGACGACGACAAUGAAAAUAAAAAUGAACAUUCGCCCUUCUUUGACACUCACUCACUUGACUCUUUCCCAACGCGGGGAAGGGGACCCACAUUUUUCUGGGCUGGUCUCACUCUUUCGAUUCUUGACAUUCGUGAGCAUAUACCCUUUUUUACAAAACAUUUGGGCGACCACUGGCACAUUUCCACUCGUUUGGCAGGUGCACACACUCGUGGUGUGUAUUCUUGCAAAUCUUGUGUUCUUCUCUUCUUUUUUUCAGGCAUCAACUAGGGAUUUGGCGUUUUGGGCCGGGGCUUUUGCAUGUGUGGCAUUGUGAGAAAAUACAAAAAGGCCGCGACAAAGAGUGGGGGUCAGACAGAGAGACAACGACCCUUGUUUAAGUGACGGCGGGGAAUAGAGGACAAUAAGGCGACGCUUUUUUAUGUGUCAUGUCAAUCAGCAUAAACGCGGUAUGGGUGAAACGCGGACACGUUCAUGGGCGGGCUGCUAGUCUUGAAAGCAGAAGCUAGCUACUUGGCCAGCCACACGGAGGAUGCUAUAGAAAUAAAUACAUCCAUCAUUCACGAUGA